GCUUUAAUUGAACCACACCCAUUGUGGUGCACGUGUAUGUGCAAUACUUCAUGUUUAUGUUCUGUGAUCUUUGUAUGCUUCGCUGCUUACACAAAGAUUUGCGUACUAUUUUAUUCGAGAGAGACAGAUGUCGAACCUCAUGUCCUCCCCCUUUUUCAUCCGUCGAUCUCGAUUCGGAAGAUUCAAUUCAUAAUCCUAAACCUUCACAACGAAUCUUCUCGAAUUCAAGAAUCGGAGCGUCUCUCGAAUCACUUCACUGGUAAAUCUUAACUCAUAAAGGCUUUCAAUUUCAAGAUUUUCGUGUUCUUGUAUUACCCAUAUCGGGAAACCACCAUAUGCGACGUGAAAGGCUGAAACUGAAACAACUGAUUUCUUGAAUUGAAGCGGUUUUCCGGCGAACCCACCAUGGAUAAAGAACCACUUCUUCCGACGAACACGUCAACGCCGAAAACGCCAACCCUUCUUUGCGCUCUCCCUGAAGAUAACGAAAUCUCAAUCCCUUUAUCUUUAACUCCUUCGGAACUCAAGGAUAUACUCAUCUUCGGUUCCCCAAAAGAACCAUCUUCCACCAUUGUUGACGCCUUAGUUUCGACCUUGAACAACCCUCCCCAGAGAUCGUUUUCUUCCGAUUUCACUUCAAUUUCCGAUCAACAACCAAUUUCGACACCCCAAUCAUGGUUAAUCGAUCCCAAUUACUCAUUCGGGAAAACCAAUCUCCACCGCUCAAAAACCGCCCCCGCCAUGGCUGCCAUCAACGACCUCGAACCCCCAUCAGAAUCCAAACCUCCACAAUCGUCUUCAUCAUCCAUCGUUCGUCAAGCAGUUCUACUCCUAAUCCUCUACUUAUCCCUCGGCGUAAUCAUCUACUGGUACAACAGAGACCAUUUCGUCGCUUCAGAAACCCAUGUCGUCGUCGACGCUCUUUACUUCUGCAUAGUUACAAUGUGCACAAUAGGAUACGGCGACAUAACUCCAAACAACCUCGUCACUAAACUCUUCUCAAUCCUGUUUGUGUUAAUCGGAUUCGGGUUCAUCGAUAUUUUACUUAGCGGAAUGGUAAGCUACGUUCUUGAUUUACAAGAGAAUCAUCUACUCCAAUCUUUAAAAAACGGAAACGAUCAAGAUCAUCAAUCUUAUAUAAUCGAUGUGAAAAAGGGUCGCAUGAGGAUUCGAAUGAAAGUAGGGUUAGCUUUAGGGGUUGUGAUUCUUUGUAUCGGUGUUGGUGUUGUUGUGUUGCAUUACGUGGAGCGAUUGGAUUGGCUGGAUUCGUUUUAUUUGUCAGUCAUGUCGGUUACUACAGUUGGGUAUGGUGAUAGAGCAUUUAGAACAAUGGCGGGAAGGAUUUUUGCAUCGAUUUGGUUGCUUGUGUCAACUCUUGCAGUAGCUAGGGCUUUUCUUUAUUUGGCUGAAGCUAGGGUUGAUAAGAGGCAUAGGAAAAUGGCGAAAUGGGUUCUUGAUCAAGGUUUGACUGUUUCUCAGUUUCUUGCAGCUGAUAUUGACAAUAAUGGAUAUGUGAGCAAGUCGGAGUUUGUGAUAUACAAGCUAAAAGAAAUGGGAAAAGUCUCGGAGAAAGACAUAUUACAAAUAUGCAAAAUAUUUGAUCGACUCGAUGCUGGAAAUUGUGGGAAGAUUAUGCUAGCUGACCUUUUGUACACUCACCAUAAUUGAAAAGGUUGAAAAUUGGAACAAGAUUCCAAUGAGUGGAGGCAUGUAAAAAAGAAAAAGGUGGCCCUACUCGAUGGAUGCAAGAUAAGACUUGUUUAUUAUAGCAUCCUACUUUCAUUUAUUUGUUUUAUGUUGUUUCGUUUGUAGAUUUUGUAGUGUAUCUAGACAUUAAAAGACAUUAAGAUAAGAAUAGGGCUAAAUGGCAAGAAAUAGCAAUGUUCUUUCA